AUGGCCGCGUCCAUUGAGAAGCGCACCUCGCGCGAAGAGCAUGUUGACACCUUUGCCGAUGAUGAGAAGAAGCCUGGCUUCUCUGCGCAGGAGCCUGGUGCCGACUACUCGGGUGCCGUCAGGAAGACGGAUCCAGAGGAAAUCAAGUUGGUCCGCAAGCUCGACUGGAUGAUCAUGGUGUCCACACUCUGCAUCAUGUACUUCCUCAACUACGUGGACCGGAACGCCAUUGCCCAGGCUCGUAUCAACGAUAUCGAGGAGGACCUGGGUAUGACUGGCAAUGACUUCAACACUGCCGUCUCCAUCCUCUUCGUCGGCUACGUUCUUAUGCAAAUCCCCUCCAACAUGUUGAUCACAAAGGUCAAGCCCGGCAUGUACAUGAGCUCUUGGAUGCUGGUCUGGGCUGUUGUCUCGGCCUGCACUGCCCUCGUGCAGAGCUUUUCCGGCAUUGUCGCGUGUCGCUUCUUCCUUGGUGUCACCGAGGCACCCUUCUACCCUGGCGCGACAUACAUGCUGUCCACCUUCUACACGCGCAAGGAGGUUGCCUCUCGCAUCGCCAUGCUCUACUGCGCUCAGAUUCUGGCUGCCGGCUUCUCAGGCCUCAUCGCCGCCGGUAUUUUUGCUGGUCUCGAUGACGUCCGCGGUCUCGAGGGCUGGCGUUGGCUCUUCAUCCUCGAGGGUGCAGCCACUGCACUCAUGGCGCUGGUGGGAUUCUGGAUCCUGCCCGACACACCCUCGACCACUCGCUGGCUGAACGAGCGCGAGCGCGAGCUUGCGCACACCCGCAUGGUCAAGGACAGGCCGGCGGACCACGGAACCGAAGGCUCGGCCCUGGAGGGCCUCAAGCAGGCCUGCAGGGACAAGCGCACCUGGCUGUUCAUCCUGAUGCAGAACUUCCAUCUCUCGGCCUGCUCCUUCAACUCCUUCUUCCCGACAGUGGUCAGGACUCUGGGCUUCAGCGACACCAUCACCCUGGUCCUGACCUGCCCCCCGUUCAUCUUUGCCGGCGCGGCCGGUAUUCUGUUCGGCUGGUCCUCCGGUCGCCUCCACGAGCGUACCUGGCACAUCACCGUAGGCCUCACGUGCUCCAUUGUCGGAUUCGCCAUCGCCGCUGCCACUCUCAACGUGCCGGCGCGCUACGUGUCGUUCUUCAUCUUGGCCAGCGGUGCCUACUCAGUCAACUCGGUCAUCAUCGGCUGGGCGUCCUCGACUCUGUCGCAGACCAAGGAGAAGAAGGCCGUCGUGCUUGCCAUGACCAAUGUCGGUGGACAGAUUGGGUACAUCUACGGCGCCUACCUGUGGCCCAAGUCGGAUGAUCCUCGAUAUGUCAUUGGCUUCAGCGCUUCGGCCGCGUUCGCGCUGGCUUCCAUUGGCUGUGCGUGGCUCAUUCGUGUACUAUUGAUCCGCGAGAACAGGAGGAUCAGGGCGUCGACGUCGGAGCACGUGAACCUGUACGGAUACUAA